AUGGAGCCGGCCCCGCGCCGCCGCCCCGCCGAGAGGCCCGGCUGCCCGCGGCGGUGGCGCCGGCGGCGGUGGGCGCUGGCGUCCGGGCUGCUGGGCGCCGCCAUCGCCCUCUACGCCUGGCUGCCGGAGCCGGCGUCGCGGACCGCGGCGGGAGCGCGGGUGGGCGGCGAGGUGACCGUGCUGCUGUGGUGGGAGCCCUUCGGCCGCCCGCGGCGCACGGCCGACUGCCGCCGCCGCUACAACAUCACGGGCUGCCGCCUCAGCGCCGACCGCAGCCGCUACGGCGAGGCGCAGGCGGUGCUCUUCCACCACCGCGACCUGGCGCUGCACGGCGCCGAGGGGCUGCCCCGCGGGCCCCCGCCGCGGCCGCCGCGGCAGCUCUGGGUGUGGAUGAACUUCGAGUCGCCCUCGCACUCCGCCGGCCUGCGCGGGCUGGCCGGCCUCUUCAACUGGACCAUGUCCUACCGCCGGGACUCGGACGUCUUCGUGCCCUACGGGUACCUCUACGCCCCGCCGGCGCCCCGGCCCUUCGUCUUCCCCCACAAGACGCGCCUGGUGGCCUGGGUCAUCAGCAACUGGAACGAGGAGCACGCCCGGGUGCGCUACUACCGCCAGCUGAAGGAGCACCUCGCCAUCGACGUGUACGGGGCGCGAGGGCUGGCGCUGGCCGAGGGCGGGGUGGUGGAGACCGUCUCGGCCUACAAGUUCUACCUGGCCUUUGAGAACUCCCAGCACACCGACUACAUCACGGAGAAACUCUGGAGAAACGCCUUCGCAGCCAGCGCCGUGCCCGUUGUCCUCGGACCUCGCAGAGCCAACUACGAGCGCUUCAUCCCCCCCGACUCCUUCAUCCACGUCAACGACUUCCCCAGCCCCCGGCUGCUGGCCACCUACCUGAAAUUCCUCGAUAAAAACAAACCGAGCUACAGGAGGUAUUUUGCCUGGAGGAAGAAGUACGAGGUCCACGUCACCUCGUUCUGGGACGAGCAUUUCUGCAAGGUUUGCGAGGCCGUGAGGGCAGCUGGAAAUCAAAUCAAGACUGUACGAAAUCUGGCCGGCUGGUUUGAAAGCUGAUGUUCCUGGCGGGUGAAGCUUGGCUGGCUGGCCUGUGCCAGCAGUGGACUGUGUCCAGGCGUCGGGAAGGUUGGAUCUCACAGGGAUGGUUAGCUGAGGUAGCAUGCAGAAGGCUGCCAUCAGUGAGGGAAGCAUACAGGUACACGUAAACAAGCUGUCAAAAGCCUGCGAAAGGAAGGUUUUCAUUAAAGUGCACAAUUAUGAAAGCACAAAGAAACAUCAGGCAAGAUGAUUCUUAAAGAGCAAAGUUAAAUUUGCAGAAGUCUGAAACCUUUACAGUUGUGCAUGGCUCGACAUAAAUGCCGAUGCCAAGUUCUUCAGCUGUACAGCUGAAACGAAUUUUGUCAGCUAUGACAGCUUCCUGGACCAUGAAACUUUCUUCUGCUUACGGAGGAUACAUGAUCAGUGCUGGCUUUCUGUACUCCAAAGACAAAAGUGAAUAUAUGUAACAGUGAUUGUUAUGUGCGUGAAAGCUAUUUGCAGACAAAUUCUGAGCCGCAAGUGUUGAACGUAGGAAUGUAAUGAUACAGUAGCACUUUUUAUCAGUGUUUGAAAUUGCAUCAGCCAACUAAUAAUACUUUGAGCCAAAUUGUAAUUCCAUUUAGGAAAAAAUGUAUAGAAGGGACUGGAUCCAAGUGGAACAAACUGCUCAGAUGAUGUAGAAUAUUUUUUCCAUGGCCUACUAAAAGCCAUAGGCACUUUUAUCCUGUAUGAAGGUGGAGAAGAACUUUAAGUACUGGAAAAGACGGACUGUAGAAAAAAUGUUGGAAUAUUUUCACCCUUCAUUUUUUCAGGAAUUAGAAAAUGUUUACAUGAAUCUGCAUGUUUUUCUCUGCAAAAUUGCUGCCAUAUAGGAAAAAGCAGGGAAAGGCUCAGAACUACAGGGGUUUUAUUACUAUAUUGAAUAUGUAUACAGAAAGGCUCAUUUAUUUCUGUAGUAUCAUAGUGUUGUGUAGCAAUUGUUUUGGUUUACAGCACACGUUUUUAAAAAGUUCUGCCAGGUGACAGACUACUCAGAAUGCCGCUUUGCUGUUCGUAAAAUAAUAAUUACCAAAAAAAAAAAACAACCCAAAACCCAAGUCCCAAAUCACUGCCUUUAAAAAAGAAAAUGACUGUAGAGAAUAAGAUCUAGACUGUUGGUAAAAUACAGAUUGGGUGAGGAAAGAAUAUGAAAAGGGAAAGAUUUACUCUUUUUUUCCUUUAGUUUUCAGGGGGUUUUCCAGCUCAGUUUUUAAAUCAAUAAAUAGGUUCCUAAGAUAAAACUUCCUUCUCUCAGUGCCUACCAGGAGCAUUUAUGGUAAUUAUUCCAUUUCAGACUCUGCUGUUUUGCUGGAGUCUUCAUAAUAGUGAGUGUGUGGCUGCUUUUUGGUUACAUGUAAUCUUGCUUGGUGAAAUCCAGAAAGAAAUUUCAGUUGUAGUUACACAGCCUCAGGAAGCUGAGCCCUCUCUACCCUUUGCAAAUCUAAGGUUUGGUGACAAAAAAUGAUAACCCACAAGUGUGCUGCACAAAUGACUAAGGGAUUUGUCCAGCUCCUAUUUAAGGAGCUGGAUAAUCCAUGGAGUUACCCAGAGACUUCAGUGGGAAUAAAAUUAUGGACACAGAACAGGUAGGGAAAGAAGAAAGUCAGUUGCAAAUAAAAGAUGGGCAUCAGAACAGGUGAGUUUACUGACAUUUGUGAGUCAUGUAUAGGUUAGGAAAGAAUUAGGUUUGACGUGAGCAGUAAGGGAUGUCAGGUAGAUGCUUUUAAGAUUUAUGAGCUGGCAGCCUGCUGUGAUUUGUUUUAAAUUAGAUGUUCCCUGUGAUGAGGUAAGCUUGGAACCAAAGAUGAUUGAAAAAAAUAUAAUGUUCAUUAAUAAUUUGCACAGAUUUACCAGAUCAGAUCUUUCUGGCUCCUAUGUUUAUUCCCUUGUGGUUUUGUACAAGGAAGGAUGGCUGAAAGUACUUUAUGAACCUUUUUGUUGUUAAUACCAGAGUUGUAGAAAUUUUACUGAGAAAGAAGAGAAGACAGUCAACACAAUGUGGAGUAUAGUAGCAAUGGUCUCUAACUCUGCAUUUUCACUUGAAUGUGUCUUAAGUGAUUGUUUAAAGCACAAACACGUUUUUCCUGGCAUUCUCAUCUGGUUCUUUACCACUGGUUACUACUCCUGUAAAGUUGGUUUUGAUAACUUUAAAAAAUCUAAUUUAAGUACAGCAUUAACAGUAAUAGCUAAGUGUCAGGAUAAUAGAAUCUGUCUCCCUUGGAAUUAUACUUUUUUCAGUUUUUGUCACAGUUCCUGUAAAUGUGUAAAAAACCCCUGAUCUUACAAGUGGUGAACUAAUACUUAAGAUUGCACUACUUUCUAUUGGUCUGCUGGAACUAGUGCAUUUUUUUUUCAGUCCUCCUAAAUUUUUGAUCAUUUUCUGAAAGUUUCCAGGCACACAGUUCAGUGUAAUCAGUAAUGUCACAGGCAGAAGAUCAAGCUACAGGAAAAUGGGAAUUUCCAAAGAUUUCAACCAAUACUUUUUUCUCAGCCUCUCAAAAGCAGUUGAAAUCUUGGAUAAACUAGAGUUUUAUAAAAUUCAGAAGAGAGCUAUGCAAUAAUUAAAGCAUCAUGUUUGAACAAGGUGAUCACAUUUGUGCUGUGUUAUUCACUGAGUAUUUCAAGAAUUGUAUGAUGAAAACUGUAAUAAUUAUUGUAGAGCAUUUGUGUUGAGAGAAAAGAAGCCUUUUCUGGUUUCAUUGUUCUUGUGUGAGUGUUGUACACUUUCCUCUUUAGACUGGAGGAAAUUCAGCCCUGGUCUACAGCUGCUGAAGUCAGUAAUACAGAAUCUCUAUAAAUCUACUUUGUUUUUUGGCUCAUCCACUCCACCAGCUAUUAUUUAGUGUACCGUGAUAAGCUAAGGACUGGCUUUUGUAAUUCACUUUGCAGAACUGAAGUUUAAUGAUGAAUAAAAAGUUUGCCUGAGGAAAUUGGAUUGUAGAUCAGGUACCAGACUCCACUAGAUAUUGCAGGUGUUACAUAUAAUCUACCUGUAAAAAUUAAGCAAAGUUAUUUUGUGUUUUAAGUAGAAAAGUCUUUUUGGAUACAUUUUAAAAAAGUGCUUUAUUCCAUGCCUUAAAAUACUGGGAUGGAGGGAGAGGAAGGAAGAUCAUUAUCUUCUGUUUUUUAUAAGGAGAAGAAAUAAUGCAACUUUUUGAUUAUGGUGUAAGUGGAAUAGAGAAUUACAUGAUCCUUUAAGUUACAUAUUUUAUUUCAAGGAAUUUUGUGCUGUUAAGCCUCUUAAUAUUCAUAGAAUGAUGUAACUUUGUAUUUGUAUUAAUUAUUUAGAUUGACACACAAUGAAAUUGAAGAAAGUAAGCACAAAAUGACAUUAUUUUUAAUUUCGUUUUCUCUGUUACGAAAGCUGUAGAGAACUGCUUCUUAAAGAGAAUGAAUUUCUUUUCAUGUUUGUUUAAUCAAUAAAGUGGCUGAUUGUUCUCAAGGUA